AUGCAAGCUCUGGGUCUUUUUGCUCGCCCUGCUAUUCUUGGUCGAACCAACAAGAGUACAGUGGUCUUGGAGAAGAUUGUAAAGGAGAAUUCUCUUAACAGAACUGGGGCUGUCAACUUUAACAACUAUGGAAAGCAGGACAGUGUUGGUUUCUCGCCUUGCAGUGACAAGUUCAUGGACAACUUUCUGCUUUAUGUAUACGUCCAUAAUUAUUUCGUGACAGCGAAGAAAACGUAUACGGAAGUUGGUCAUGUCAACAAACUCGUUUCGGAUUUGGUAAGUGCGAAGUCAAAGCCGUCGCCUUGUCACCAUUAAAGGAACAGCCGAAAGCAGACGAAUUGGACAAAGUGUAUGUGAGGCUUAAAAUGAAAGAGACUGACGAAACUGUCUACUACGUACAGGAAUUUAAGAUUUUCAGUGAGGCGAGGAUUACUCCAAUGUUCUCGAGUUCCUACGGACCGACGAGUACAGGAUCAGAAACAUCUUCCUAAAACUAAAGAUAUCGACGUAACCAUGGAAUACUCCGGCAGCUUCGACAAAGACGAAGUUAUCCACAACCUGACGACCAACGAAGGGUUUCGUAUGCAAGGAUGUACAGUGGAUGCGAACAGGACAAUUCUGGACAACAGUGACCAAGUCGGAAACUACAUGGAAACUGUGCAGGGUGUGACGACUCGUUGUAAAAUUUACAACAAACGUUGGAGAGCAAGAGCGUACGAGAAACCGUUGGGCAGCAUUGAAAGGACUGGGUAUGCCAAAAGAGCGCUCGUUUGGCCAAGGCUCGCGAUUUAG